GGACAGGCAGGUCAGCCGACCAGGCUGAGCAAGCAAAGGGGAAGCGGAGGAGGUGGUGCGCGGUGGUGGACGGGUGGUGCCCUAGCCCUAGCUUCUAGCGAGCAGUGGAGCGCCGCCCCCAGCCGCCGGGGUGGUCCGCGCCGCCCGCCGGCAGCUCGAAGUGUGCAGUUUGAGGCUUCCAACGGACUAUAAACAUAUUGCAUAUAGUUUAAAAGAGUAUACGACUCAGAGUUCUUAAAAUACACCCUCCUGAUUAAUCUAUGCUUAGGUAUCAUUGAGUUCUUGUGAUGGAGGGUGCCUCGAGUGAUGAUCCAUUGAGGGACCAAAAUGUUGAUCUUAAUGAUGAUCACACUGAAAACUAUAUGUCAUUUGAUGUCAGCUGUCAGCUUAUUGAGACGAAUAACAGUUCCAGCAAAGAGAAUCUGAAAAAUAGCGAACCUUUAAAUAGUGAACCUUUUGUUGGCAUGGAGUUUGAAUCGGAGGAGGCUGCAAAGGUGUUCUACAUGGCUUAUGCCAGUCGGGUAGGUUUCUCUAUGCGCAUUAGCAAGUCCCGUCGCUCAAGGAAUGACGAGUCUAUUAUCAUGCGGCGUUUUGUGUGUUCGAAAGAGGGUUUCCAUCAGAAGAAGCAAAACCAUGACACAGGCAAGAGAAAGAGAAGGCGUGAAACAAUUAGGGAGGGUUGCCAUGCAAUGAUUGAAGUUACUCAGAAGUACUAUGGGCGGUGGGUUGUGGCCAAGCUGAUCAAGGAACACAAUCACGUCUUAGCCACUCCAAGCAUAGUGAGAUACGUUGCACCUGAGGAAUAUGCACAGUUGGAACCAUUUGUAGGAAUGGAGUUCCCUUCGCACGAAGCUGCCCAGACAUUCUAUUAUGCCUAUGCUAGCCGUAUGGGCUUUGAAGUACGUAUCAGAUUAUCCCGUCGUUCACCAAAGGAUAAUACAUUUGUAAUGCGACGCUUUGUUUGCACCAAGGAAGGGUCUACCCCUUGUGAAGAAAAUAAUAAUGAAAACAGGAGAAAGAGAAAUCGAGCUGCUCUAAGGGAAGGUUGCCAGGCAGCGUUUGAGAUAGUAAAGAAGGACCAAGAUCAAUGGGUUGUUUCCAAGCUUUUCUUGGCACAUACACAUGAGUUGGCUGCUGUACCAGACAAAGUGCACUAUAUUCAGUCAAACAGUGAGGUUGUCGUUCUUGCAAAAACUAGUGUUAUUCGAGAGAAUUCGAUUGCUCCGACCUUGAAUCCGCAGGUAGGAGAAUUGGGGACAAAAUUUGAAAACCAGACUCCAAAUGAUCAAGAAAUAAUAGAACCUUGCCGUACUGCUUUUGGGGUGGAUGAUACCCAAAAGCUUCUUGGACACUUCAAGCGGCUGAAUGCUGAGAAUCCUACAUUUUCAUAUGCAUUUCAAGUUGACAAAAAUGGUUGCUUGACACACGCCUUCUGGGCUGAUGCCAAAGUUAGAACAUCGUACUACUAUUUUGGGGAUGCUGUAACGCUUGAGACUUCUUUUGUAGAUAAUGAGGACUUUUUGCCGUUAGUUAUGUUAACGGGUAUCAACCAUCACUUGCAAAGUGUAAUGUUCGGUUGUGCGUUACUAACUGAUUUCACAGAGGCUUCCUACAUUUGGCUCUUUCAGAACUGGAUCACAGCAAUGGGUUCACACCAUCCUACAUCAUUAACUACUUGUUAUAAUGAAACCAUUGGUUCAGCAGUAGCAAAAGUAUUUCCACAGACACACCAUCUGUAUUGUACUUCUCAGAUAUUAAAAAGAUGCAAGGAAAAUUUGGCGAAUGUAUAUUCUGGAUGUGCUUAUUUUGAAGAGGAAUUUUGUGUAUGUGUCAAUGAGCCCGAAACAACUGAAAUGUUUGAGUCAAGCUGGAAGAAAAUCCUUGAUAAGUAUGAUUUGGAAGACAGCCUAUGGCUCCAGUCUCUCUACAGAAUUCGGCGAAGAUGGGUUCCUGUGUACUUCAGAGAUGUUUUUACUGCUGAUCUUUCAGCAACUCAGAGACUUGAAAGCUUUACGGGCUUCUUCGAGAAAUACUUCAACAAAAGAAUAGCUUUGCCAGUCUUCAUUUCAUUGUUUGAUCAUGUGAUGGCAGGUUGGGCAGAAAAGGAAGCUCUGGAAGAUCUAGCCACAUCUUUUACCAGACCUGUUCUAAGAACUCCCUCAAACAUGUUGAAACAGGUGUCAGAAAUAUACACAAGAACAGUCUUCAACAUAUUUGAGGAGGAAUUCAUUGAAUCACUAGGUUAUUACAUUUCCAGUGUUAACGAUGAUGGGCUGGUUGCUGUGUAUAAAGUCACAAAGGAGGACAACAAAACCACAUUCACUAUCUGCUAUGACACCACUGGCAAGAGAGCUCAAUGUAGUUGCUAUAAGUUUGAGAGUUCUGGUAUCUUGUGCCGGCAUAUACUUAGAUUAUUCUUAGCUCUUGAUGCGCGUGCCAUACCAGAGUUUUACAUAUUGAAACGGUGGACGAAAGAAGCUAAGAAUGGUUUUGUGCUGGAGGAAUGUUUGUAUUAUAGUGAGCUGCACCGCGAUGCCCUUAGAUAUGCCAGGGAAGGAUCAACAUCUGGGGAGGUUUUCACCUUUGCACAGAAAACUCUUCAGAUUGCUUUUUCUGAGGUUGUUCACUUGAAACAACAAAUCGUUGGUCGAUGUACAGCGCGAUGAACAUGGCACUACAGUGUAUACAUUCUUCUGCAGUAAUUGAGUUAAAGAAUAGCUCUUUCAGUACCCAGUUUGUCUUGAAGAAAGUUCGUGUGAAUUCCUGCUUCAAUGUACCAUAUGUGUGUAGCUAAAGAUGAUUUCACCAUCAAACUCAAUUUGCUGUCGUUUCAUUCCUUAA